ACCGGAGCGUAAACAAGGCAGUGCCGUGAGGGAUGAGGAAGCGGCCGGAGCCGAGCGGGGCCCGGAGCCGCCGAGGCUGAGCCUCCGCCUCCCCCGCCUGCCGGUCAGCCGGGGACGGUGACGGGGCGUCCCAGGCAGCGCCAUGAACUUGGCCAGCCAGAGCGGCGAGGCCGGCGCCGGCCAGCUGCUCUUCGCUAACUUCAACCAGGACAACACGUCCUUGGCUGUUGGCAGCAAAUCAGGAUACAAAUUCUUCUCCCUCUCUUCUGUGGACAAGCUGGAGCAGAUCUAUGAGUGCACCGACACAGAAGAUGUGUGCAUUGUGGAGCGGCUGUUCUCCAGCAGCCUGGUGGCCAUCGUGAGCCUCAAGGCCCCCCGCAAGCUCAAGGUCUGCCACUUUAAGAAGGGGACGGAGAUUUGCAACUACAGCUACUCCAACACGAUCCUGGCUGUCAGGCUGAACCGGCAGAGGUUGAUAGUCUGCUUAGAAGAGUCCCUGUACAUACACAACAUCCGGGACAUGAAGGUGUUGCAUACAAUCCGGGAGACGCCCCCGAACCCUGCAGGUUUGUGUGCGCUGUCCAUAAACAAUGACAACUGCUAUCUGGCCUACCCAGGAAGCGCGAGCAUUGGGGAAGUGCAGGUCUUUGACACCAUCAACCUGAGAGCUGCUAAUAUGAUCCCGGCUCACGACAGUCCUUUGGCCGCACUGGCUUUCGAUUCGAGCGGCACAAAAUUGGCCACGGCAUCGGAAAAGGGUACAGUGAUCCGGGUAUUUUCCAUUCCAGAAGGGCAGAAACUUUUUGAAUUCCGAAGGGGAAUGAAGAGGUGUGUAAGCAUCUCCUCUCUGGCCUUCAGCAUGGAUGGCAUGUUUCUUUCGGCAUCCAGCAAUACAGAGACCGUGCACAUUUUCAAACUAGAGACUGUGAAAGAGAAACCUCAGGAGGAGCCCACCACCUGGACAGGUUACUUUGGGAAAGUCUGGAUGGUCUCCACAAACUACCUGCCCACCCAGGUCACAGAAAUGUUCAACCAAGGCCGAGCCUUCGCAACCGUCCGGCUCCCUUUCUGCGGGCACAAGAACAUCUGUGCAUUGGCCACAAUUCAGAAGAUACCUCGGCUGCUGGUGGGAGCUGCUGAUGGGUAUCUCUAUAUGUAUAACUUGGACCCCCAGGAAGGAGGUGAAUGCACGCUGAUGAAACAGCACAAGCUGGAUGGCAGUAUGGAGCCAGCCAAUGAAAUUCUGGAAUCUGCAUCACAUGACCGGCCCCUAGUAGCACAGACAUACAGUGGUGCUGUGACUAAAGGUACUUACGUGCCUUCUUCUCCUACGAGACACGCCUAUUCUGACGAUCUGGGCGCCGUUGGUGGAGCUUGCCUGGAAGAGGACAUGGGGGCCCUGCGGAUGGAGGAGGACAGCGAGCACCCCCCGAUGAUCCUUCGAACGGACUGAGCGUUGACCCGUGAACACCACUCUGGGCGCUGAGAACACUGGCCUGACAUUUCUUCAGGAUUCCUUCUGUCUAUGCUGCUACGAACUUUGGCCUGGCCUGGGAGCGAGAGGACUGCAAACUCCAAACGUUUUCAGACAAAACACACACACUCUCACACACAGAGUCCAUCCUAGCUGUAGUGCCGAAUGGACGCCAUUGGGGGUGGGGGCGGGGACAUCGGGUUUCCAUGGCUUUUAAAUCCUGCUCUUUCUUUUAGCUGUGAGCGUACAUAUAUCUAUAUAUAGAGAGCCGUGUUACUACCGUUGCCAAAACCUGCUGCUUGUCAGCCUUCGGCACCUUCCAGCUUUGCAUGCCUUCUUGUGCCAAGCAAGCAUCGGUGAGCAGAUCCAUUUUGUUACCACGUUUGCAGUUUUCUCUAAGGAGAACAAACAGCCUAACACCUGGCAUCUGGGCAGGAGGGGCAGCGCCGUUUGGUUCCGGGUGCUUCGGCCGGUUCUGCUCGGGCAAAAAUCCCCGGUGGUUUCCCAUGCAUGGGCUUGCAGUCAACCCUGGUGACUUGACAUGUGACUGUUUGAAACGGGCUGCACUCUUUUCCUUGGGUUCUUUUCCCACUGCCACCCCUCCCUCACAACCCACUUCUCUGCCCCCACACCUUUUCUUUCUUUUGUUUCCUGGACCAUUUUGUUAAUUAAACUCCUUCUGAAUGCUG